AUGGCUCGUGUUCACGCCAACGUGAAUGCUCUGUUGGGUCCGGACUGGUACGAUUAUGAAAAGUUGAAGAUAGAGUGGAACGUACCGGAUCGCUAUGAGAUUACUAGGCGGAUUGGCGGUGGAAGGUACUCUGAGGUCUUCGAAGGGAAUGAUUUAUCCAAUGAAGAGGCCGUUGUCAUCAAGGUCCUCAAGCCAGUCGCAAAGAAGAAGAUAAAACGCGAGAUCAAGAUUUUGCGAAAUCUCUCUGGUGGCCCUAAUAUUGUCGGUCUUUUGGACGUCGUACAUGACCCACCAUCCCGCUCUCAUAGCUUGAUUAUGGAGUAUGUAGAGAAUACGGAUUGGAAGGAGCUCUAUAACUCGUUGAGCGAGCUGGAGGUAAAGCAUUACGUGUUCCAACUGUUGCGUGCUCUGGACUUCAUUCAUGAACGGGGAAUCAUGCAUCGAGAUGUCAAGCCAGGAAACAUCAUGUUCAAUCGUGAAAGUGGCAAUCUGAGGCUUAUUGAUUGGGGCCUGGCCGAGUUCUAUCACCCUGGAGUUGAAUGUAGUCCUCGUGUCGGCACGAGAUAUUACAAGUCACCGGAGUUGUUGCUCGGAUACACAUUGUACGAUUACAGUCUAGACAUGUGGUGUGUAGGCUGUUUAUUGGCAUCGAUGGUAUUUCGCAAGGAAUAUUUCUUUCGGGGAAGGGACAAUGAUGAUCAACUAUUGAAGAUUACAAAAGUGCUGGGGACCAAUGGCCUGGAACAAUAUCUACAAACGUACGAAUUGUACAUCAGGACGGAAGCUCCAGAUAGAUACGCGAGCUUUGUAAGACAGCCAUGGACGCGCUUUAUCACUGCAGAGAAUCGUUCAACAGCUUCUGUCGACGCUCUCGACCUCAUAGACAAACUGCUGCGGUAUGAUCAUCAAGAACGCCUGACCGCCGCGGAAGCAUUAGCCCACACGUACUUUAAUGCUGUGAGACUCCAGACCCCAUCUAACCCCGCUGAGUGUUUCAGCGACUCUGGUUUUUAUUCUACGUGA